AUGGCCUCGCAGAACGCGGACCCCGCGGCUCGCCCCAGCGCCGCCCGCAAGGGGGCCGAGCCCGGCGGCAGCGCGGCCCGCGGCUCCGUGGGGAAGCGGCUGCAGCAGGAGCUGAUGGCGCUGAUGAUGGCCGGCGACAAAGGGAUCUCCGCCUUCCCCGAGUCCGACAAUCUCUUCCGCUGGAUCGGGACCAUCGAUGGCGCCGCUGGGACGGUGUACGAGGAGCUGAGGUAUAAGCUCUCCCUGGAGUUCCCCGACGGGUAUCCCUACAAUGCCCCCACUGUCAAGUUCCUCACCCCCUGCUACCACCCCAACGUGGACACGCAGGGCAAUAUCUGCCUGGACAUCCUCAAGGACAAGUGGUCUGCGCUCUACGACGUCCGGACGAUCCUGCUGUCCAUUCAGAGCCUGCUGGGAGAGCCGAACGUUGAGAGCCCCCUGAACACACAUGCGGCCGAACUCUGGAAGAACCAAGCAGCCUUCAAGAAAUACCUGCAGGAAACAUACGCAAAGCAGGUGAAGAACCAGGAGACCUGAUGCCUGUCCAAGCUGCAGCUCUUUGUCUGUCUGUCCCUGUCUGCUCUCUGGAACUGUCCUCUGACUGCUCUGUACAGGACUCUGUAUCAUACGCUGUUUUUAAAUUAAUUCUGCAGGUGGAACCCAUGGUUACUAUAUAAAUAAACUCUCGUUUUUUAACUUU